AUGUAGACCAGAGAUAUUUAUAGAUACGAUUACACAACUACUUAUUAUCCAAAAUUCGAUAUGCUUAAUUUUUAGUUAGAUAUGUACAAUACUUAAAAGGCAGGAUCUUUAUCAGCUAUUCUAUAUGAUACUGAAGAUUUUAACAAGUAAGUUGAAUUUGCAGAGACUUAAAAAUGGAUGUAAUUAGGAGCUCUUUGUCUUGGUGUUGGUACCAUCUUAGGAUAUAAUAAAAUUCCCUUAAUUAACAGAGUAUAAGGUAAGUGGAAAAAGUUUGGCUUCAAGAUUUUCCUUUUCUUUUUACCUAUGUUCAUCUCAGGAGGUAUCUAUACUCACAAAGAAUAAAAAUUUAUUGAGACUGUAUAUCUAAAACAUUUUAGCUCAUAUGUAAAAUUUAAAUAAGUUGGUGAUAUUAGAUGCCUCAAUCCUUAAAUUGAAUUCGGUGAGUGA